AAACAAACAACGAAACAAGGCACCCUAGCUUUUUAAUAUUUAUUGGUGGUGAUUCUGCCCCUCCGCGCCGCUCUGUUGAGACCCCACCUGGAGUCCUGCGUCCGGCUCUGGGGUCCCCAACGUGAGGAGGACAUGGGACAUGUUGGAGCGGGUCUAGAGGAGGCCACGAAGAUGAUCAGGGGGGCUGGAGGCCCUCUGCUGUGAGGACAGGCUGACCACACCGGGAAACGUCUCGCCGAGCCGGGAAGGAGGAUGGCGGGCCGGCGCCAGGCGCUGCUGGGGCCCGCAGCCCUUCUGGUCGUGGCGCAGCUCGUCUGGGCGCCGGACCCGUAUGGAGAAGAGUGCAGGAGUAAAACAUACCCUCCUUCAGGACCAACGUUCAAAGGGAAUGUACCCACAUAUGUCAUAAAUCUUGAUUUACCUGCUAGCAAAAGAUGGGAUAACUUGAUGCACGACAAAAAGACAGAGCUGAAGACUGUGGUCCAGAAUAUUAAAGAUAUAGCAAAUACCUUCUUCCCCAGUGGCAAAGUUGUUGACAUUGUGGAUAACAAAAUAGCUCAUCUGACCGCCACGCUUCCUUAUCCUUUCAAUGAAGAACUCCAAGGAAUUGCAAAUUCAUCAGGGAUUCCUCUGGGGGAAAUUGUUAUUUUUAACAUCUUUUAUGAAAUUUUUACUGUCUGUACAUCAAUAGUGGCAGAAGAUAAAACAGGGAAGCUGUACCAUGCCAGAAACUUGGACUUUGGACUCUUUCUCGGGUGGGAUGUUAAAAAUAGUUCCUGGACUUUAACUCGGGAACUGAAGCCUUUAGUGGUAAACUUGGACUUCCAGAGAAACAACAAAACGGUAUUCAGGUCCACAAAUUUUGCAGGAUACAUAGGCAUGGUGUCUGGAGUCAAACCAGACUUGUUCACUCUGACAAUGAAUGAGCGUUUCAGUCUUGAUGGUGGUUAUGUUGGAAUCUUCGAAUGGUUUCUUGGUAGAAGAGAUGGUAUGUGGAUGGGCUUUCUUACAAGAACAGUAUUAGAGAAUGCUACAAGUUACCAGGAUGCAAAAGACAGACUGUCAAAAACAAGACUGCUGGCUCCAGCUUACUUUAUACUGGGUGGAAAAAAUUCUGGAGAAGGGUGUGUGAUAACUCGUUCCAGGACAGCUACUCUGGAUAUUUGGGACCUUGAUAUCCAGAAAGGCACGUGGUACGUGUUAGAAACAAACUACGAUCGCUGGAAGCCUCCGCUCGUCUUGGAUAAUCGUAGAACACCUGCAAUGAAAUGCCUGAACCAGACCAUGCAAGAGAACAUCUCCUUACCAAGAAUUUAUGAUGUUCUCUCCACAAAGCCUGUCCUCAAUAAGCUGACUGUGUGCACAACGCUGAUGGAGGUGUAUAAUGGUCAUACAGAGACUUACCUGCGGGAAUGCCCAGAUCCCUGUAGUCCUUGGUAGUCCUGUACCUUUCCUAUGUUGGAAGCUGCUUGUCUGAAUUGGAGGUCCUCCAAGAAAAAAUACUUCUGGAAAAAGAUUCCUCAGCCUAACUCCUUUCUUCAGAAAUCUAAUGGCUACAUAGAAAUGUCACUGAAGCUUCUAACAAUGGAGGACCCUGUCUCACACUGGACUUUCUUGCUUCCUGAUCAGCAGUUCUGCUGACGAGAAAUGUAUACUAAUGUAUGUCUGGUUUGAUUUCAGCCAUUUCUACCAAAUGAGUUCAGCAGUUAGCUCUAGAUCUCUUCAGUCUUGACAGUAUUCUUGGUUUGGUUUGUUGCUGGUUUAUGGGUUUGUUAUUUUUUUGUUGUUUGGUUGGGUUGGGUUUUUUUAGAUGAAAAUACUUCUAAAGCACACAUGAGUUAAAAUGGCACCUAGCAGGCAUGGAAAAGAAUUAGGUUAUUAGAAGGCCACCUGGGACAGGGCGGUUCUGUUAUUCUUUCUUAAGCACUUCAGAUGAAUUGCUGGUGUUCUGGUCCGAUAGGAGGGUAUGUCUAAGAAGCCCUGUUAUAAAAUAACCUACCAAAUGUCAUAUCUAGUCACAGAAACAGGGUCUUAGGGAAAUACCAAAAAUGAGAUCUGAGCCAAAAAAUGUCUUUUCCGUGAUUUAUAGAUCUUUUGCUGAAGCUCUUGCUUGGCCUGUUAACAAAUAUUUUUUUUAAUACAGAUUUUUCUGUUGUCUCAAAAAAAUAAAUACUAAUACAAUAAAUAUUCUUAAGAAUUACUUUCUUCGUCCAAAGUACAGAUGCACUGAUUUCAUACCUCAGUGGAGGUUACCGUGCAUGUUACGUAUCACACGGCAGAAAGGGCAUUCGCUUCCAAAUAGACUGAUUUUAACAGCGACUGAAAAACUGAUUUAUUUCCUUAACUGUAAUGGGAAGUAGCCAGGUACUAAUAGUGUUGUUGGAGAGCAGUUUGGUUGGGUUUUGGAAAGCGGGGGAGGGAAGCCAAAUCAGACUACAACAUGGGCCAGAAUUCCAAUUAAGAAAGUAAAGUUCCUUUAGAAUUAAGAGAGAAGGCACCCUAAUGUCCUAGGGAGCAGUAGUUUUAUCUUUGUCGCUGGCUGUUUCCAGUGCCAUUCUUGUGUUUUAUAGCACGCAAAGGGAAGACACUGGAGAGUGAGGUUAGGGGCUGGGAUUUAUGGUGAUUCCCUUGUAAUCUUUUCUUGGCCGGCCUGGGAAAGAGGUGCUAUUCCUGUUCCCAUUCAGCCCUGCAUUUAAAGUUGCCACUGGUGUAAGGAAGGGAAGUGCCUGCUGUCUCUUUGGGGUCUGCAGAGACGGUCUUGCACGAGGGAUUCUAACUAAAGCCUGCAAAUUUGUGACACCCAGUCACAAUGGGAUUUUUGGUAGUGUCCAGGACAUGCAGAACAGUAUUAGUGUAGUGCAGAAGUUCAGACCAGAGGAUACUACAGUUUUCUCUUCCAAACAGUAAAGGCUACGAUAAGAUCUUUUUUUUUUUUUUUAAUAAUAAUUGCAAAUUUAGCACUUUAAGAAGUUUACAGAAGGGGAAACAAGUUGUUGUCCAUAAAUCUAUAAUACAAAGUCAACUUUCAUCCAAGUAUAACUGGCUAAGUUUUAUUUAGUAUUGCUUCCUUUCUGAACGAAAUAUUAAAAGAAAACCUUUAAUCACCCCUUGUUUCAGUAACUAGGCCACCAGCUUGCAGCAAACUGUCGCAGCUCUCCCUCCACCAACACUGGAAGAAGCAGGGACAAAAGGAAUGCUAUUUGCCAGAUAACUUUAGCAGUUGAUAAAGAAACCUGGCUUCUGGUUGAGGAAAAUGAUAUUCUAGCCCUUAGAACAAUGCCUGUAGUACCACGGCAAGAAGCAAUUCAAAGGGGUGUGAAGCACUGAGGCACUGAGAGCACCCAGAAAUCAGCAUCCCACCAGUUAAACUGACCUUAAAAAAAAAAAAAGUGCUCGUCUAGUUGUACAUCUAAUUUUUUUUUUUGAACUGAAGUGUGCAAGCAGAAGCGCGUUAGCAUGAUUGUACUACCAGAGUCCAUUUUUAAUGUCAGUCGCGAAUAUUGAACCUAUGUAAACCAAAAUCAACAUAGCAGCAUGGUUAGAUUAGGGAAAAAUGCAUGUAUGGUGUGAAAUGCACCCUCUGGGACACUUGAUACCUGCAAAACAGUUAAACCAAGUCAAAUUUUACGGUCUGUACCAUGAAGGGCACAUCAUAUACUGCUGAACUUGCACCUUAAUCUGGUAGGGGCUUGUUCAGAUUUAUUUGGAAUUAGUUGUGUAACAGCCGUAAUCAAAUUACUUUGUCAUUUAAGAAUAAGUAGUAAGUUUACUUGCUUAAUUAGUCCUGUCCCACUUUAGCAUAUGUGGAGCAAGGCAGUGUAGACUAUUUACAGUCAUUAACUAAUGAGCUUUUGGUAUGUCCCUUGUGCAAGACAAUCCAUAUUUCCACACUGGAAAUUGCUUUACAAUUGCAAAAGCAGAGCUAAAUCCCAUGGAAGUCUGUCCAGAGCUCGAAUGCCUGCGCCUGCCACUGACUCAAAUAAACAGAGCUGUUUAAAAGCAAAAACCCCAA